AUGCUUCGACCACUUCUUCCUUUCGUAUGGGAAGGAGGUAUAGGCACACUGUUCGCAUUUGGACAAACAGGCUCCGGCAAAACUUAUACUAUCAGUGAAGUGGAACGACUUCUCGCGGAGACAUUGUUUGAUGGGGCUUGGGCAACUCAGCGGAAACUACAUGUUUCAAUGUUUGAGCUGGCCGGGAACUCCGCAUAUGACCUUUUAGACUCGCGUGCGCCGUUCUCGAUCCUCGAAGACUCGUUUGGCAAUACACAGCUUGUUGGGGCCCAGGAACUUGCUAUCAAUAGCAAGUCGGAAUUCUUAGCUUUGAUUGAAAAAGCCACAUCAUUUCGACAAACUGCCGGUACAGAGAAAAACGACGGAUCCUCACGCUCACAUGCAAUUUGCCGUAUUAGGGCCGUGAACAUAUCACCAGAACCUUCGGAAGAUGGCAUCCUCUACUUGAUUGAUCUCGCAGGGUCAGAGGCAGCACGAGAUCUUUCUAAUCACAGCGCUGAUCGCAUGAAAGAGACACGUGAGAUCAAUAUCAGUCUCUCCAUACUCAAGGACUGCAUAAGAGGGAUAGCAAGUACUAACAACACGCCCGAAACAUCCAAAAAGCGCCAGAAGGACCAGUAUAUUCCAUUCCGUCAGAGCACUUUGACCAAGGUCUUGAAGCAUGUGUUUGACCCGUCUGGUACUCGAAGCUCGACGACUGCAGUAUUAGCCUGCAUCAACCCAAGCUUUUUAGACACAUCAGCAAGCAAGAAUACUCUUCGUUAUGCCCAUAUGCUUUGUGCAACUGAGGUCAAAUAUCAGUCGGUCGAGCAUAAUCCUGCGAUACCCAAAACAUGGAGUAACAAGUUUGUUCGAAGUUAUAUCACCAAAGAAGAGUCAGGCGCUCAGCUUUUGGCGAUCCCCUUGAACAAAUUCAUCGCCCGCUGUCUCCGUACCAAGGGCGUGACGGACAAUCAAGCCAAAGCCUUCCAUGCCAAGCUUUGGCGCCUACAUAUCGACUCUACACAUGCCCCUCGGUCGGACCAGAAGUUAAACGGUGAUCUAGUGCAAAAAGACCACACUGCCCGGGAGAGCGUGUCACCCAUGACCUACAUUUCCAGCCGUGACUUGAUGUCCAAGGGGGACAUGCGCACAUUUAAAGAUCGCAUUCGACCCGGCAUGGUGGUUUGUUGUAACGCGAUGGUUGAUGUCCCUUGGACUUCGUCUCAGCAGAAACUGGUCAUGGUUCUGUGUCCACAGAAAGUCGUUGGAAAAAACAUGAAAGAUGCCCUGGGCAAUGAGAUUAAUUCAGGGUAUUGUUUAUCACAGCAUGAGAACACAGAACCCACAGGAGCCACUCACCAGCGCUAUCUAUGUGCUAUGGUCUUGUCUGGAGGUUUGGCAGACUCAUACGAGGUCAGCAUCUGGCGGCAAAUUGUUGUGGAUCUGAGUUCUAUGGAGACAGAAAUCUCACUCGAGUAUGAUCCUGCCACAAGAUACUACCACAUCUGUUGA